ACUACACACUACUCCAACAUUUGCCCACAUUUUGAAAAAAACAUUUUUUUGUAAUUCAAUUAUUCGACACAACCAAUCCCAUCUCUUGUUUCACUUCCGCCCUCCAUCUUUCUUCGUGAUUGAGAGAAUCUUCAACGAAAGAAAGCAACUUUUUUUGGGUGAAAUUCACAGAACAACCAAGGUUUUUCUUCUUCUUCUUCUUCUCCAGUUCCUACAGGUUUACUCUUACUCAUCUUCAUCUUUGUCUCGUUCUUGCUCUUCAAUUUCUGGUCUUUUUGUUGUUCUUGUCUUCUCGCCAAAUAUACUAAGAUCUAAGUUUUAUAUCAUUGUAAUUAUCACCAACGAACUGUUAAGACCAAAUUUGAUUACUCGAAAUGGUUUUGGGUUUAGGGUAUGAAGAACUGAUCAAAAGAUUCAAUUUUUUAUGAAGUCAACUUUCAUCUGCAAAUUGAGCAAUCUCAGAUUUCGAUUGUGUUUCAGAAUCAUGCCUGACAAGAACAUCGUAGAGGACGUUAUCGGUGAUUUGGUGGAUAACUUCACGGAGACUGUUCAGAAGAACAAACAUGGUUCCUCCUUCUUCGAACAAGAAGAUUCCGUCAGUUCUCGUUUCAACCGUUUGUUUGAUCGCCAGAAGCCAAUUCAUCAUGUCUUAGGCGGUGGCAAAUCUGCUGAUGUGUUGUUAUGGAGGAACAAGAAGAUCUCUGCAAGUGUUUUGAUGGGAGCUACCGCAAUUUGGGUGCUUUUUGAAUGGAUCAAUUUCCAUUUCCUGUCUCUCGUUUGCUAUGCCCUCUUGCUUGGUAUGAUUGCACAAUUCGUUUGGUCUAACGCCUCUGGAUUCUUAAACCGCUCACAGUCUAGAGUGCCUCGCCUAGUUCUUCCAAAGGAUUUCUUUGCUGAAGUCGGUGUGGCCGUUGGAAAAGAAGUUAACCGCGGUUUGUUGUUUCUUCAGGACUUGGCUUGUAAAGGGAAUUUGAAACAGUUCCUCAUGGCUGUAAUCGGACUAUGGGUAGCUGCAAUGGUCGGGAGCUGUUGCAAUUUCCUAACUGUUUUGUAUAUCGGGUUUGUUGGGGCACACACAAUGCCGGUUCUGUAUGAGAGAUACGAAGACGAAGUGGAUGGUUUUAUGGAUUCUAUGAUCAUGAAGUUUCAUAGUCAUUACAAGAAGCUUGAUACUGGGUUUCUCAGUAGAAUCCCAAGUGGAAAGUUUGGAUUAAAGAAGCGUGAGUGACUAAAUCACUCAAGCAUUUUCUUAUUUUACCUUGUUUGUUGUUAGAACAAUAUGGAUUAUGGUUUGCUAAAUGAAUGUUUUGAGAAUAUUAUUCAUUCAUGUAGAUUUUGUGUAUUUCCUUACUAAACAAUACCUUGUCCAUGUAUUUGUCAAUACCUUGGUUAAUAAGAGAAUCAUCAUAUCUGUCAAAA